AUGGCUCGAUGGGAAUAUUGGCCUUAUUAUGGACUGGAAAAUUACCUUUAUACAAUGCCAUUUGAAGCAAAAUUCAAUAUGAUGGAAUCAACCAAAUGGAUGCAAGAAAAUUGGUUCCAUAGCAUAACGUCGUCCAUUGCAUAUGUUAUCUCUAUUUACAUUGGACAAAAGCUGAUGGAGUCGCGUAAACCAUUCUGCUUAGAUAACCUACUGAUAGCAUGGAAUUUUGGUUUAGCGUUAUUUUCUCUCUUAGGAGUGUACCGGAUGACACCGGAAUUGUUGUGGAGUGUCCGAGAGAAUUCUUUCGAAUAUUCGAUAUGCACAGCUUCAUUUGCGCAGGGUGUUACGGGAUUUUGGACCGAAAUGUUUGCCUUGUCCAAGGUUGCUGAAUUUGGCGACACAGUAUUUAUUGUGCUGCGCAAACGUCCGCUGCUUUUUCUUCACUGGUACCAUCAUGUUACCGUGCUGGUUUACACCUGGCAUGCUUACAAAGUAGGACCAUACGGCUUCGGGACGAUGGUUUAUAUGGAUGAAUUAUACUGUACAUGCAUUUAUGUACACAUACUAUGCGCUUCGGGUAAUGCGCAAACGACUUCCAAAAAUGGCGGCAAUGAUGGUUACAAUUUUGCAGAUCUUACAGAUGGUUGGAGGUGUCUUCAUCGUCUUGAAGGAGAGGAGAAGUGA